AUCAUAUAUCCCCACUACUCGAUCAGCUGGUUUCACAAAUGGCCGAAAUAGCGCGCUGAUCAGUCAAGUCGAGUGCGUGCAUUGGAUGGCCUGCGAUGGCCGCUGUUAACGACAUCGUAUUAUUGCAAUUGUCUUUCAUUGUGUGUAACAAAUCAAUCAACGUAUGUGAACAAUUCUCCCUUUCAUCAUUUCUCGGAAACUGGGACGAUAAUCCCGCGGGAUAAAUUAUUUUUAAUCGACAAUUUAAAUCGAACUGUCGAGACAAGAAACGAUCGAAAUGUCGGAGCCACGAAAAAGAAUGGUAAAGGAUGAAUCCAGAGGAAAUAUUCUUAGAAAUCAUUCCUGGAGUAAUGGACCCGACAGUGAAGACGAACAAGCUGGUGAAAAUGAAUUACUUAAUGAAUGUUCGGUCAGUCCAAGUCAUCAUCGAUCAACUAUAACAGAUCAGCCUAUCUGUAAUAUGUCCCUGUUUACUGAAGAAAAAAUGCGAAGAAAAUUAAAAUUUUUCUUUAUGAAUCCUAUUGAAAAGUGGCAAGCAAAGCGACGUUUUCCAUAUAAAUUUAUCGUACAAGUUAUUAAAAUUUUGUUAGUCACGAUACAACUGUGUUUAUUUGCACAUAAUAAUUACAUUCAUGUAAAUUAUACUUGGGAUAAUCGAAUAGCUUUCUCACAUCUAUUUCUCAGAGGAUGGGAUAGUUCUUUAGAGGUACCUGUUUAUCCACCAGUAACAGGUCCUUUGGCAAUUUAUAAGCGAGAUGAUUUCUAUAAUACGAUUGAUUAUGCUUUAGAUGGUUAUUAUAAUGUUAGUAAUGCAGUUGGAUCUUAUUCGUACAUUGCAGAAAACAAUUCAGUUGGCCCAGUUAUUCUAUGUUUAUAUCAAUAUAAAGAAGGUAUUAUAUUCGGUUUUAAUGAAAGUUAUGUUUUUGAUAAAGAAAUCAUUGAAACUUGCAUAAAUAUAACUGAUAAGACUUAUACUGAAUCUAGUAAAUCAAAAUUAUUAUUAUUUAAGCAAAAUAUUAAAGUGAAUUUUUCAGCACUUGUUAGAGCUCAUUUAAUGUUUGCUUUGAAAACGGUUAAUUUGAAAGCUGCAGGACCUAUGACACCUCCUGAUUGUUAUCAAUUUAAUAUUAAAAUUAAUUUUGACAAUCGUGACUUUGAUGGACAAAUGUUACUUUCAUUAGAUGCUGAACCAAAAAGAUUGCAAUGUAAAGGUGAUACGCGUUAUGUAACGGAUAAUCGUAUUGAAUCAGCUUUAAGGACAUUGUUAAAUUUAUUUGUAAUUUUAAUUUGUACUGUAUCUCUUAUAUUAUGUUCAAGAGCUAUAUAUAGAGCACAGUUAUUAAAAUUUGAAACUAUGAAUUUCUUCAAAAAGGCAUAUGGUAAAAUAUUAAGUCUUGAAGGAAGAUUAGAAUUUUUAAAUCUCUGGUAUGUUAUGAUCAUUGUGAAUGAUCUCUUAAUUAUUAUGGGUUCAGCUAUAAAAGAACAAAUUGAACGAAAACAAUUUGGCAGUGAUCAUUGGAAUAUAUGCAGCAUAUUUCUUGGCACAGGAAAUUUACUCGUUUGGUUCGGCGUAUUAAGAUAUCUUGGUUUCUUUAAAACAUAUAAUGUUGUUAUUCUAACGUUGAAAAAAGCAGCCCCUAAAGUAGCACGAUUUUUAAUAUGCGCAAUUCUUAUUUAUGCUGGUUUCACGUUCUGCGGUUGGUUAAUUUUAGGACCAUAUCAUAUGAAAUUUAGAUCACUUGCUACAACUUCCGAAUGUCUUUUUGCACUCAUUAAUGGUGAUGAUAUGUUUGCUACAUUUUCGGCAACGUCAUUCAGUAAAUCACCGAUGUUAUGGUGGUAUUCUAGAAUGUAUUUAUAUACAUUUAUUUCAUUAUAUAUAUACGUGGUUUUAAGUUUAUUUAUUUCUGUGAUAAUGGAUGCUUACGAUACGAUCAAAAUUUAUUAUCGCGAUGGUUUCCCAAAAAAUGAUUUGCAAACUUUUAUUGCGGCAUGUACUGACGAAGCGUCUAGUGGUCUUUAUAAAGAUGAUUCUGAAGAUAGUGAUUUAUCAGAAUUUAUAGAUCGCUUUUGUUGUUGUCGGAAAAGACCCUUUUAUGGGUCAUUCUCAGAAUCAAGUACAAAAUUCUCGACAAAAUCGGAACAAACGUGUGGAGGAGCAAUCUGUAUAUAGUGCAUUAAAGGACAAUAAUGUUUUGAAUAAAGAUUAUGGUUCCAUGGCAGAUAAACGGUAUUAUUAUAAU